UUGUUUGUUUAUAAUUCAUUCUGAAUACAGACUAUUAUUUAUGUCGGCGUUGGAUUAAUUUAAAUUGAGUGUAAGUUCAGGCUUUGAAGAUAAAAGAUAUUGAAGUGAAUCCUACAAAGUCAUUUAAAACAUUUUUUUUUUUAAUUUUGUGUGGUUUUGUUGUUUCAAAUCAUUUGACACUGACAGUGAUAUUUUUUAUCUUUGAUCUCAAGAGAUGUCUGUUAAUUUUGUAUUAUAUUGAUAAAAUAGCCUGUACAUUUUUUUCUAGGACUGUUGUGUUUACUGGAACUAGCACCAUGGACAAAAAAGAAAAGCAUGAAGAUAGUAGCUGCAAUAAAUUUCAAGAAGAAAUGAGUGUUUUAGAGGAUGAUGUCAAGAAACUCUACGAAUUCAGGGAUCACUAUUUUGAGCAUCACACCAUUGAAGAAGCCGCUCUAAAGGAUCAACGAGUCCAGGAUAAGUUACAAGAAACUAUUAGGUGCUUCCAAAACUUUGACUGCUCCAAGGUGAAGUCAGAGGCCAGAGCCAGGUAUUACUACCUGUUAGGCCGAGCUCAUGACGUGCUACCUUCUCACAGUCCUGAGGCUGAGACCGCACUUGCCAAAGCGGUCAAGCUGGAUCCUCAGUUGGUGGAGGCCUGGAAUCAGCUGGGCGAGACCUACUGGAAGCGAAACAACGUCAAGGAGGCAAGGAACUGCUUCCAGGGUGCACUCAACAAGAAAAAGAAUAUGGUGUCCUUGCGGAACUUGUCAAUCCUGGUGAGGCAGGAGAACGUAGCCACACGUGAGGAGAAGGUGAAGAACGUAGAGGAGGGACUAGAGCUGGCCCGCCAAGCCGUGGAGAUGGAGGCCUCGGACCCAGAGUCGUGGAUGGUCCUUGGCAACGCUUACCUUGCCACUUUCUUCACAGUCCAGCAGAACCCCCGAACUCUCAAGUUGGCCAUGGCAGCCUACAAGCGUGCGGAAGCAGAUGCAGUGGGAAAGAACAAUCCUGAUCUUCAUUACAACAAAGCUGUGGCGCUGAAGUUCGAGGAGGAAUAUGCAAGUGCGCUGGAAGAGUACGCCCGAGCAUGUGAGUUGAACCCAUCAUGGGACACACCGUCAAGCCAACAGCAGCAGCUUCUGCAGUACCUGGACAGUACGAUGGAACUGGUGCAGUCUCGGGGUCGUCUCAAGGCCAAGAAACUACAGGCCUUCCUACAGAGCAUAGAAACCAAGCAGCUCGGACCGUACGAGGGAGGCCAGUAUACAGCUCCGAAUGGACUCUCUGUGAAUCUGAGACUGCAACCUCUGUCUUCUCUCCAGACCGGCAUCAACUGUGAGGUUGUUGUCCUUGGCAAGGUCAUCUGCAGCGUCAGGAACGACGACUCUGUGCCUUUCACGUUCUGUGUCAUGGACAAAGACAAGAGCGUGUGUGCGGUGACAGUGUACAACAUAGCAUCUGGCAAGGGAGUCAUCAUCGGUGACUCUGUGGCCAUACCAGAGCCGUUCGUCACUCAUGUCUCCUUUACUUACAACGACAAAAAGUACAGCUUCACCAGUAUCCGAGUGGACAAUCCAUUGGUGAUGGUGGUCAACUGUAAGAAGGUGGGCAGAGACAAGCUGGCGGGCACUCAGUUGUCCACCUUCCACAUGCCCCACUGACCCCAUUGACGUCUGCUGACCGCCACACUUGCCAUACUCGUAUUAGAUCUGCUGAGUCGACUAACUUCCCACUUCUCAGAGGCACCCCACUCGCUGACAAUUUCACUGUUCGUGUUUCUUUAUUUUGUGUACUACUAUCCAUUUUCCAAUAUGUAUAUGAUUGUUGAUCAACACCAAAGGGAAUUGUUUGUUGGGAUGUACGAGUGAGUACUGAGUACAAUAGUGUAGUUUAUUGUUCUGUAAUAUUUUUAUAAUUGAUUUUACUUGCCAUAGUUGUCCUCUCUCAUUUUUUCUUCAGACAACUCUGAUCGGUGGAACUUCCUCAGAAUCUCACUGAUCUGAAGCAUUUCUACCAAUCAGACAAUAUCAUCGGAUGGAAUUGACACCUCAAGCAAUUUUUCAUUUUUGCUCAAAAUACUGGAAAUAAAAAUUCAACAUGAAGAUAACAGUGGUUUCAUAAAGUCAUGAAUUUUUACUGAAUGCCAGCUACAUCAGUAAAACUUUUUGUAAAAUUGGACAAUAUCCUCUAUUAAAACAGACUCUACUUGUUUUAUGUAAAUGUUUUUGUCCGAAAAAACUGGAAAUAAUAAACUUAAAAUGGAUAGAUGACAGUAAUGGUAUCAGGCCAGUAUGUGUUGUUUAUAAAUACCAUAUAAUGAUGGUAUACCAAGUCUAAAAUCUCAAAUCUAUUGGGAAGUAACGUUUCUGCUUGGAAUAACAUUGGAGCAGGAGGGAACUCGAGAAAGUUCCUGACAACUUGUAAAGUCUUCUAGGUCUUGCGUUAAAUUUGGAUAAUUUUUCUCAGUUUGAACAUUUUUUGUUUAGAUUAGGCUGAAAAUAACAUUUUUCUAUAGGAAAAUAACAUUUU